UUCAAAUUCAUUCAUUCAGUUUCUAAGUCCCAAUUGACGCGAAAUUGGUGUUUCGCGAGAUUUAAUUUCAAAUUAGCGCUUUAUUAUGUGAUGUUUGGGUUUCUUAUUCCUGUUUGAGCUCAAUAUUUACAUUUAUACGACCAUGGCAAAUCAUUAUGAAGUGCCCAACUGGGCGGGCAAGCCACCAACCGGUCUUCAUUUGGACGUCUUAAAAGGGGACAAGUUGAUACAGAAGCUUAUGAUUGAUGAGAAAAAAUGCUAUUUAUUUGGACGCAAUCCCCAAAUGAAUGACUUCUGCAUAGAUCAUGCAAGUUGCUCAAGAGUUCAUGCGGCUUUUGUUUAUCACAAACACUUGAACCGAGCCUUUUUAGUUGAUUUAGGGAGUACUCAUGGAACCUAUAUUGGACAGAUGCGAUUGGAGCACAAGCCAACUCAGCUACCUAUAGAUUCAUCCUUCCAUUUUGGUGCUUCCACCAGAAAUUAUAUUAUAAGAGAGAGGCCGACUGGUAAUGCACGAGGUAUUAUGGAAGAUUUGCCGAACACAGAGACGGAGGGUGCGUUAUUAGGCUUGCCUGAAACUCAGACUGAAUUAGAUAAUUUAACAGAGUUUAACACAGCGCAUAAUAGGAGAAUUUCCAUGUUGGGAAUAUCUACAGAAGAUGGCAGCGAUGUGAUGAAGCCGCCCACUGGCACCAAGAGGUCAGCAUCCAUGCCAAGUGGUAUGGCCAAGAAACAAAAGCGAAACGUCUCGUUUAACGAAGAGGUGGACAUCAUCAAUCCGGAAGACAUAGACCCCACCAUCGGCCGGUUCCGGAACCUGGUCAAGUCGACCAUAGUGCCCAACCCCAACUCGGCGCCUAGGAAGCUUAAAUUACAAGGCGCUGAUGACAGUCAGCAUCACCACUCCCUGCGUUUGCAAGAGAUAUCGCGCGGCAGCAAUCUGUAUUCGGAUUUGCCCGCGCCCAGCUCACAUCUCAGUCUAAUUGGUGCAAGACUCGGCUUGUCGUUACCGAAUCCGGCGCCUGAUGUGGAGCUGGAGGGACCCGAGCCGCAUCUCAACGUACACCCGCCGUUACCGCAUGCAGCAUCAGAAGAAGCCGGUCCUUCAAGCGAGCCUAGGAAGAAGAAAUAUGCGAAGGAAGCCUGGCCUGGAAGGAAGCCUGCACUUAUACCGGGUGUAUGAAAAUUAAUAUAUAAACAUAGUGAUAAGUGACUGCCGUGGACAGUUUGUGUUUUAUAUGUGAAUGAAAUAAGGAAUAUAUAAUAACUACAGAUGGAAAGCAGAAGAUGGAAUUUUAUUCAGAACAGUUGCCAACUCAGGUGUUCUAAAUUCAAAGGAUAUUUGAAAUUAACGGCCAUUUUUGAUAAGCGAUUCUAAUUUUAAUCUUGGCUCUGAUCCCGAGAAUGGACCAAUCAGAAUCCGUUAUUUGUAGGCGUCAAAAAUACUGGAUUCGGAUUGGUCCAUUUUUGCGAUGGAUCGAAAAAAAUUAGGAUCGUUUAUUGGAAAAAGGGGGGUGAGUGGAUAAGCCUCUAAAAAUAUUUUUUUUUACGAUACCGAUAUUGGGUCGUAAUUUGUUUUUUUUUUACAAUAUAUGUGUAUAUGUACUACAUUUUCACCAUUUACCUUGUUCGUAAAUAACAAUCAUGGCUGUUAUUACAUGUUCCUGAAAAUAAAAAUUGCAGUGCGUCGCUGAAAUGUUACUAUCCAUCCAUGCAAAGAAUUUUGUGUGUAUUUCCAAUAUUUUAUCUGUGCAUUGCAUGUCCUGUUGUAAAACUAAAACUAAUUGUUGAGCUGACCCAACAGUGAGAUAAUGGCAGGUGAUUGACAUGUGGGUCUAGUGUGCCGCUGCGAAUUGUCAAUAUUGCAUUAGUAUGGAGGAUCCGAUUUUUUUUGUGUUUAGGCGUCCAUGCAGUCAAUAUGGGGGAAACCUGCAAAUGGUAUUAUUGUCUCGGUUUAAAGACUGCAGGGAUGGAGAGUGGGAACUGGGGAAGGAUGGGAGCUUUCGAAAAUAGGGAAGAAGUGUUCGCAGGUCCUUAUAAGUCUCAAUUUGAAUUGACAAUUACGAGGCUGCAAUAAAUGUCCCCCUUGCAAGGGCGUGCAUUCGGUGGACCGACCUGAAGUUAGGUGCGUUAUCUACAUCUAUCACUCGCUAGUCAGAAACAAUGGCUAUGUUCAGUACAGACAAAAAAUUUACAAACUGAAUGAAGAGAAAUAAAGGGAUGAAUGGGGUGAAUCGUUCUUGUAAUGAGAGUAAUGAAUCGAUUGCUUAAUAUAAAAGCAUAGUUAUUGCAAUUUACACAAAGAAUUGUCAAUUAGAUAAGAGUAAGAAUAAAUAUGUAAUUCGUCCCAUUUAACAAUAUUAUGGUCAUGCGCGCCAUCAUUCCUAUUCACCCCCAGUUGACGGUAUACUAUAUAGUUAUCUAUAUGGCUUUUAUGUGGAGGCACGCAGUACCCAAAA